AUAAAUAGCGGGGGCUGGGCCGGCCGGCGCUUAUUGCCUUGCCUCUCCAAAGCGCGGGCGGCUGGAGAGAGGAAGGCGAGGAGGUAGCAGCGGCAGCGGCAGCAGCUUCAGCGGAGGGCGCAGAAGCAGCAAGGGGAGAAAGGGGUGGGGUUCGCCGGCUGCCCAGGGCCACGGCGAUGGUGCGCGCCUGAGGGGAGCUGCCACCGCCGCUCUCGGGCGUCGGGUCCUUGCCGGCUUCGGGCGGCUCCUCCGUCCGUCCCUGCGCUGGGGUGGCCGCGGCGGGCCCAGGCGGGCGGCUGAGGCUGCGGGGCCGCCGCCGCUGCCGUCGCCGCCGGAGAAGGCACAGGAGGAUGGAGGGCGCCCUGGACGCGCAGAGCCUGAUCGCCCUGUCGCUGCGCAAGAUCCACAGCUCGCGCACGCAGCGCGGCGGCCUCAAGCUCCACAAGAACCUGCUGGUCUCCUACGUGCUGCGCAACGCCCGGCAGCUCUACCUGAGCGAGCGCUACGCCGAGCUCUGCCGCCGCCAGCAGCACCAGCCCUACCAGGAGGGCGGCGGCGGCGGCGUGCUCUUGGGCAUGGCUGCCGCGCCCGGAGCCGAGCUCUCGACGGCGGACUUCAGCCCUCUCCAUUUGCCCGGGGGCCACGCCGGGGACCAUCACCACCACCACGACGCCGGCGGCGGCGUCCAGCAGGGCCAGCUGCGGAGCUGCGCCCUGGCCAGAGUCGGCGGCGGCGGCGACUUGGAGAUGCCCGCCGGCUGCGCCGCGCUGCAGGACGAGGAGCCGCUGGGGCUGCCGCUGCCCCAGCAGCCGGCCGCGCCGUCGGGGCUCUGCAGGGACUCCUCGCCGCCCUUUGACCCGCGCGCCUCGCUGGGGCUGCUCUACGCGGCGCCCGACAGCUGCGGCUUCGCAGCCGCCGGCGCCCUGCCGCCGUCGGGGCUGGCGGCCGCCUCGGCGCCGCACUGCUCCAGCCGCACCACCGUCUUGGACCUGGACACGCACGUGGUGACUACGGUGGAGAACGGCUACCUGCACCAGGACUGCUGCGCCCAGUGCCCGUCGUGCGGCGGCCAGGGACUCGCGCCGGCGGCGCCCAGCCCGGGCUCCAAGCGCAAAUACUACCCGGGCCACGAGAGCGAGGAGGACGCCGGAGGAGGGUCGGCCGUCGGAAGCGGGGCUCGAGGAGGAGGGGGCGGCGAGCCCUCCCAGCCGCCGCCGCCGCCCCACCCCGCCUUCGCCCCUUGCCCCAAGCGCGCCCGCUUCGAGGACGCCUUCCACCCCGAGCCGCCGGAGCCGUCCAACAUCUCCAACUUGAUCUCCAUCUUCGGCUCCGGCUUCAGCGGGCUGGUCAGCCGGCAGCAGCAGCACCAUCACCACCACCAUCCCCACCACCACCACAACCAGCAGCCGCCCACGACGACGGACUCGGAGCAGCCGCUCAACGGGCAGCUGUGUAGCAAACAAGCUCUCGCUAGCCUGGGAGCGUGGACGCGGGCGAUCGUGGCUUUUUAGACGGGGCGGGCAGCCGGCUUGGCUCUUUUGGGGG